AACACCGGCAAUCCCACUUUGGACUUCAUGGCAGUUCCUCCGGGGAUCUUAGCUUUAGACUGUAUGUACUACUUUGCCACCUCACACAACGAGAGCUACACCAAGGUGGUCUUGGAGAAUUCUUGCCGGGCUGAUGAGCACGAGUGUCCGUUUGCUAGAACCAGCAUUGCACUGACUAGGAUCCUGUGUGAGAUCUUGAAAGUUGGCGAAGCACCUACUGAGACUGGACAAGACUACUUUCCAAUGUUCUUCUCCUGCGACAACGCCUUCAAGGAGUUCUUCUGCCAGUGCAUCCGACUCUUCAACAGAACUUGGAAGGAGAUGAGAGCUGAGCUUGAGGACUUCCCUAAGGUCAUGAGCGUGGUCAAGGAGCAGAUAGAGAGAUCGCUCUUGGCCCGUCCUCCUUCCAUGGAUCAGUUCUGGUCCAAGCUGCAGUACUUUGACUACCAGAUGAUCAUGAAAUUACGGCAGCAGGAACGCUCUGAUAAGGAGGAAUGGAACUCACAGGCCACGCCCGUUGUGGAACUGCGUGAAGAGAUCAAGCCCGAGAUUGUGGAUCUGAUCAAGCAACAGAGACUGAACUUUCUCAUCAAGGGGACGCAGUACAACAAGUACAACAAAGCGGGAAGGGCAAAAGACAAGUUUUGGUAUUGUCGUCUGUCUCCCAAUCAUAAGAUGCUUCACUAUGGGGACAUUGAUGAGAACACGGUGCCGGCUACGGAGUCACUCCAAAACAAACUUCCAGUUGCGGAAAUCCAAGAUGUGUUGGUUGGGAAGGACUGUGUUCAUGUCAAGCAGAUCAGGGGCAAUGUCACGUUAGCCUUCUCCAUCCAUCAUCAUGUGGAUCAACAUCUGGACUUCGUGGCGCCAGAUCAGGAAGCAUUUGACAUGUGGUACGACGGCAUCAACGCGUUACUCGGCAAACCCAUGAUCAGUAAGCAGUUAGACAAGGAUCUCGAGAUGCUACUGAGUAUGGAAAUUAAGAUGCGUCUGUUAGACACGGCCAACGUUCCCAUCCCAUCUGAACCCCCACCCAUCCCCCCACCACCCCCAGAUUACAACUUCUACUACGACUCGCUCUGAAAUCAAAGUGUGACUUGAGUCCAAAUUCCAGCGUUAUGUAAUGUCCGUGACAGACUUUCUAAGAGCUCAGUGACUAAACCUGAAAUUUUUUUUUCUUCAAAUCUUAUACAUGUAUCCAUCAUCAAGUAAUGGUCAAGGAGAUUAUAGGGCUUUGGGAUUAUUUUUCUGAAUCAUUAAUUAGAUAUGGUUAAUUGGUCCAGUCACGGACAUUACACUUCCUUUCGUAACAAUGAAAUUGCCCAUAAGUUCUUACCACAAAGACCAGAGUUGAGGGCCGGCCUGCGAUUUUUUUUCCCCAAAUGACAUCCGCAUGUGUUGUACGCUAUGACGUUUUGGACUUGACUUCUCUUAAAGGGAAUAUACAACAUUUGCAAGAAUCGAAAAACAAAACUACCACCUUUUUACAAAAUACCUUACUAUG